AUUUAUCAAACAAUGCUUUUUAUCAACAGGGAAAAGCAGAAUUAAGCCUAUUAAGAUGUGAGAAUAUGGCUUUGAAAAUUUUCUUAGAAGAGAAGGAAAGCUGUGAGACUGGUGGAAGUACAGGUGAUCACAAACAAGAGAUUCCAAUUAAUAAUGUCCUCAAGAAUUUGUUAUUGAUGUUGAAAGAUCCCACUGCAGACCUGGAUAUUAUAGAGGAGAAACUUAAAGAAUCAGUCAUAAAUGUACAACAUGAAGAGAUUAAAAAACUUAAAGAAGAAUGCAAAAGGAAGGAUGCGGAAAUAGAGUCAUUGAAUGAAAAGCUAAAUACCCAGCAACGCACAACUGUGGAUGCCAUCAUGAAUGCAGAAGAUAAAACUGCUCGUAUUGUGCAGGCAGCUGAGCUCUACAAAGAUCUUUAUAAAGAAAAAGAAAAGCUGGCAAAGCAACUGAGGAAACUGACACUCAUGAAAUCACGAUCCAAAAGAACUUCUAUUUCAAGUACCCAAGAUAAUUUGAAACCAAGUUUCUUAGCUCUUAAUAUUGAAAAGGCCUGCAGCGAGACCAGCUCUAAUAAUAGCGACUCUGAUACCGGAGAACACGUCCGAGCAUCUUGUUCAAGCUUAAAGGAGGAUGAAAUCCCUAUGCCACAAGCCAUGAUGAGUGAUAAAACAGAAGUGAUGUCUCUUACUGAUAUUAAUUCCUUAGAUAUUGCAAUAAAUAAUCUUUGUGCCGCUGUCAAAGAGGAUCAAGAAUACAAACCUCCACCCAAAACAGAGUCUCUAUGCUUGCAACUGUCACCCGUUGAAGAAGAUACUCACAUUCCAUGCGUAAUCUGUGGAAAAUCUUUUCUGAUCACGGCACACUCUAACAUACCGAUGAUAGAACAUAUCGAAAAAGAACACAAUAUGGACAUUUGCCCCCUUUGCGGACAAUUGUUCGAUAAAGCUUUCCCUUCAAAAUACCUCCUGUUCCACGUUAAUGACCAUUUCCAAUCAGAAUGAUGUCAUUUGUGUACAAUAUAUAGUAUUGAAUGUGUAUUUUAUAUAUCUGAGAAAAUACUCUUUUUUAAUUCAAUUCUUUAUGAGUGGUUAUUGAUUAUUUGAGUUAUAUUUGUAAUUUAAGAAUUUCUCAUUUAAUCAGCAUUUUGUUUAGUUUAUUAGUGGACCAAUUAUUGCUUUUCUUUUAUGAAUAUUUUUUUACUUGUAUAAGUUUUUGAUUUAUGCUCUUUAUAGUAAUAUUGCAAGGCCAUUUUUAAUUAAAUAUUGGGGUGAGGUUGCGUUACUAACUUGAAAUGAUUGUUCUUAAGGAUAUUUUCCAUUCAUAUUCAGAUCUGCCAACUCUCAGGCCAACAAAGCAAAGUAUCUUCUCUUUUUUUUUUUUUUUUUAAAAAUAACUGUUUGAAUUGGCAAACCUAGGCACACUUUGCAUACGUCAAAAAAUAUAAUAUAACCAGAUAAGGGAUUUUGUAGUUCAAGUGUGUUUACUUAUAUCCUGUUUAGAAGCUUUUUUUUAAAAAAUUCAAAUAUGCAGGGUAUCUGCGCACCUGGAAAGUCAUGGAUUUUGGUAUUGAAAAGUUUUUUAUGAAAUGUCAUGAUUUUAAAUUUUUUUUUUUUAAAAAAAUCAUGGGUUUAUGUUUCCGAAAAAUCUAAUUUUUAAAAUAGCUCCCUCCUGCCAAUUACACAUUGUUCCAAUGUUCCAAAUAUCUAAAUUUGUAGCAACUCAUAGUCAUAUUCUAUUAAAAUAUAAAAUGUUUUUAUUCUGUUCUUUAAAAAUUAUGUUGUUCUUUCAAAAAAUGAAAGAAAGAACAUCAUUUUUGAAGCAAAUUAUAUUUUAAACUUCUGUGAAUUCAGAAAUUUUUUAUUUUAUUUUAUCAAUUUAAAAUUCUAGUUUAGGCUUUUGAUAUUGCACUUACUUUAAAGAAGAAAUAAAACAGCUUUAAAUAACUUCAUAUAUCUGACAUUAUUAAGUUAUUUGCUUUUGUAUUUUUUUAGCUAUUUUAUCGCUUCAUCUCUUUCUUUACACUGUUUUUUAAGUAUAAAAUCAAUAAAUAUGAAGAUGCAGAGUAUAACGGUUUUGGUUAUACCUAUCUUUUCAAUUAAUGUUAUUAUAAUGCUAUUUUAAAUUUAUUGUCGUGUUUUUGUCGAAGAAAAUAGUAAAUUCGGUAAGUCGGGAAAAAUUCUUGGAAUUAUUCAUGGAAGGUCAUGAAAAAGCAUGGAUUUGAAAAUCUAAAAUGUAGCAGAUAUUCUGUAUCUGCUACAUUUUUAAAGUUUUAAUAAUAUAAAACUUUAAAAAGAAAAUCAGACAUUCAGUAUUUUUUAGGAGUGAAAGAGUGAUGAUUUCUAUUUCAAGAGAAUGUGAUAAAUAAAUUUAGUUUAAAGAAGGUUUGAAUUUAUUUAUUGAUUAGAUUUUGUUUCAGUUAUUGCACUAUAUUGCGGUAACUAAAAUCUCCGCCUUUUUGAAGUUGGCAGGUCUGCAUAUUUACUCUAUCUAAUGUAAUGUUAUGAAAUAGUAUGCUUCAAUAUUUUUUUAGAUAUUUAUAUAUGCGUCAUAAAUUUCUGUAGGCAAGUUUUUAAAAAGAUCUACAUUGUUUAUUUUUUUUAAUCCAAAAAAUUAAAUAAAUAAUGAUAAUUCAGACAUUUUAGAAACACACUUCUUAUUUCAGCUUUAAAUUUAGUUUUUAUACUGUAUAAAAAUUUAAAUAAUAUCAAAAUGUACGUAUUAGAAAUAGUUAGUCUUGGCUUGAAGAACAACACUGUGCUUAUACAUUUUAAUUUUAUAGACUUGAACUUGAUAUGUACAAUUCAUAAAUAAAGCUCUAUUGAGAUAAUAA